AUAAAAACGUUGUGAGUUGAAUGUAAAAAUAGAACAGUUAACAUAAUGAAUUCACAACAAAGCAGACAACAGAAUAAAACAAUCAAUAACAUCUACCAUAAUCAAACACUGCCUUUUAUAACAGUUCCAAAACAACCAGUAAAACUUCCAGUCGUAAAACUUCAAUGUGAUGUCUGUAGUAAAUAUUUUACUAAACCAAGUUCACUCAAAAUUCAUAAAAGGAAACAUACUGGAGAGAAACCUUUUAAAUGUGAUGUUUGUAGUAGAUCAUUUAUUCAGAGUAGUCAUUUACAGAAUCACUUGAUGUCUCAUUCUAGAGAGAAACCAUUCAAAUGUGAUGUCUGUGGUAAGUCUUAUAAACGAUCAGGUGCUAUGAAGGAUCAUAGAAAAACUCAUGUGACCAAUGGAGAGAAGCGAUUUCCUUGUGGUGUUUGUGGUAAAUUACUCUCAGCUGCUUCUAGACUACAGAGUCACAUGUUAAUUCAUACUGGAGAGAAAGCUUAUAGUUGUGAUGUCUGUCGUAGAUCUUUUACUUGGGCCAGUGAUAUCAAAGUUCAUAUGAUGAUCCACACUGGAGAGAAACCUUAUAUUUGUGAUGUUUGUGGUAAAUCUUUUGCCAGGACUAGUGAUUUAAAGAAACAUAUUACUACUCAUACUGGGAAAGGGAAGGCAGUUCAUAAUUGUGAUGUUUGUAGUGAAUCUUUUACAAAUCUUAUUAGAUUAAAAGAACAUUCAAAAUAUCAUUCAGAUAAAAACUUCUACCAAUGUGAAUUAUGUCUUAAACUUUUCUCAUGGACGAGUGAACUUAGUAAACACAUGAGAACACAUACUGGACAGAAACCAUAUAAAUGUGAUGUUUGUAGAAAGACUUUUGCACAAUCUGGUAACUUUAAUAGACAUAUACAAAUACAUACUGGAGAAAAACCUUUUAUAUGUGAUGUUUGUAGUAGACAAUUUUCUCAGUUAAGAAAUUUAAAGAGACAUUUGAACAUUCAUCAUAGUUUUUUAAAGACUAUUAAGGAUGAUGUUUGUGAAAAAUCUUUUAACUUAACUUCUCUGAUACAUCUUCAUACUGUUACCCAUUCUAAACAGAGAGUUUAUGGUUGUGGUGUCUGUGGUAAAUCUUUUACUCAUUCCAAACUUCUUAAAGAUCAUAUAGAUUUACAUACAACAAUUGAUAAAGCCUUUACAUGUGAUGUUUGUAGUAAAUCAUUUAAGAAUUUACAAGUUUUAAAGAAACAUAUAAAGACUCACAAUCCUACCAAUAUAUUUCAAUGUAGUAUAUGUGAGAAGGUCUGUUACUGUGUCAGUGAACUGGAUAAACACAUGAGAACUCAUACUGGAGAGAAACCUUUUAAAUGUGAUGUUUGUAGUAAAUAUUUCUCACAAAGUAGUAAUCUAAAUAAACAUAUGAGGUUACAUAGUGGAGAGAAACCCUUUAAUUGUGGUGUUUGUAGUAAAUCAUUCUCUGAAUCCAGUCAUCUAAAAAUCCAUAUGCAGAUACAUGUUACUUGA